AUGGUGGUGCAUGUGCAUGUGACAUGUCCAGCUGGGAAGGUCCGGAUCUACGACCCCCGCAAGUCAGCCGAGCCGACCCAGGAGGGUCCCGGUCCCAGUGGGGCUCGUGGCGCCCGGCUGGUGUGGGUCUGUGCGGGUAAAUUCCUGCUGGUGUCUGGCUUUGACAGCCGCAGCGAGCGGCAGCUCUACCUGUACGCAGUGGGCUCGCUCUCCUCUGGACCCCUGGCCACCGUCAGCACGGACGUCUCCCCCUCCACUCUCAUCCCCUUCUACGAUGAAGACACCAGCACCGUCUUCCUCACCGGCAAGGGUGACACCAGAGUGUAUGUCUACGAGAUCACCCCGGAGUCACCCCACUUCCUGGAGUGCAGCAGCUUCAACUCCAGUGACCCUCACAAGGCCUUCUCCUUCCUGCCCAAGUCAGAGUGUGAUGUGCGGGAGGUAGAGUUCGCCAAGGCACUGCGGCUGAGCAAGACCUCCAUCGAGCCCGUCGUCUUCCGAGCCCCGCGAGUGAGGAAGGAGUACUUCCAGGACGACCUGUUCCCCGAGACGGCAGUGUGGUGGGAGCCGGCUCUGUCCGCCUCAGCCUGGCUCUCCGGAUCCAACGGGCAGCACCGCAAGAUCAGCCUGCAGCCCAAAGGCAUGACCCCCGUGAGCGAGGCCCCGAAGGAAGCUCCGGUCAGGAAGUACGCCCCGUCCUCUGUGUACCUGGAGGAGAAGAGUGAUGAGCAGAAGAAAGAAGAGCUGCUGAGUGCAAUGGUGGCGAAGCUGGGGAACCGUGAGGAUCCUUUGCCACAGGAGUCCUUCGAGGGCGUAGACGAUGACGAAUGGGACGACUAGAAUGACGAGGUCCACGAGGAGCAGUCAGUGUGACCGUAGUGAUUUGGGAAUGCUAUUCCAUUGGUGGAAACCACCCAGUACCUCCUGAACCCCUCCCCCCACUGCCUGCCUGGAGUUUCAAACUGGAAGCCCUCCCUGUAGUGACUGGAAGGAUCUCGGGCUCACGGGGGCAAGCCUGGCUUCUGCUUGACCAGCUGUCAGGCUCCUGCCAUUGCCAUUCAUCUCAUACUGCUGCCCCCUGGUGUCCCGAACCUGUCAUUGCCAUUCACCUCAGACUCCUGCCCCCUGGUGUCCUGGACCUGUCAUUGCCAUUCAUUUCAUACCUCACUGAGAUCAACAGCAUUCCAUUUCAAUUAUUUUUUCUUUUUAGUUUGAAAAUAUAGAUAUAACUAACACAUUUCUAAAGUAGAGUUUUACUGGCAAUGUUGCCUUAAAUAACAAUAAAAACAGAAAUGUAAAUGAA